UGGAGCAUUUUCAAAAAGAUCCUCAAAAGGGAGAUUAUUUGGUUCCUUGUGUUUGUAGGUGAAAACAAUAUGGCGGAACAGUUAUUGCUUCAUGGAACUCUUGAAGUAAAGAUAUACAGAAUCGAUAAGUUGCAUCAACGUGCAAGAUUCAGUUUACGGGGCAAGGGGGACAAGGAACCUACGACGGGGAAGAAGAUUCAAACCCAAAUCAAGAGACUAGCGGCCUCAUGCACAGAUUUACUAGGAGGACAUCUCUAUGCAACCAUUGACCUAGACAGAUCAAGGGUGGCUCGUACCAUGAUGAAACGUCAUACUAAAUGGUUCCAAUCAUUCCAUGUCUACACCGCACAUUCAAUCUCCAAAAUCGUAUUCACAAUCAAAGAAGAUGAACCCAUCGGCGCAAAUUUGAUCGGCCGAGCUUAUUUACUUGCCACUGAAGUCAUCUCCGGACAACCUGUAGACCGAUGGCUCGAUGUUUUAGACCAGGACAAGAGACCGAUCCAAGGAGGUUCGAAAAUCCAUGUACGUGUGAAGUUCACUAGUGUAACACAGAACGUAGACUGGAACAAAGGAAUAAUAUCAUCACCUCCCUUUAAAGGAGUUCCUAACGCGUUUUUCAACCAAAGAGAAGGUUGCAAGGUUACGCUUUACCAAGACGCUCAUGUUCUUGGUGAGUACCCUGACAUUACUGCUGCGGGAGGACAAGCGAUUUACAUACAUCAUCGGUGCUGGGAAGAUAUUUUCGAUGCGAUAUGGGAGGCAAAACAGUUGAUAUAUAUUACUGGCUGGUCGGUCUACUCCGACAUAACAUUGAUCAGGGAUCCUAAACGGCCGAGACCAGGAGGGAACCUAAAGCUAGGGGAGUUGCUAAAGAAAAAAGCGGAAGAAAACGUGACCGUUCUGAUGCUUGUGUGGGACGAUAGAACGUCUAACGAAGCGUUUAAGAGAGACGGUUUGAUGAUGACUCAUGAUCAAGAAACUUACGAUUACUUCAAGAACACGAAAGUACGUUGCGUCCUUUGUCCAAGGAACCCGGAUAACGGUGAGAGCAUUGUUCAAGGGUUUGGUGUGGCUGCGAUGUUUACUCACCAUCAGAAAACCAUUGUGGUGGACGCUGAGGUGGAUGGUUUGAAAACGAGGAGAAGGAUAGUAAGUUUUCUUGGAGGUAUUGAUCUUUGUGAUGGGAGGUAUGAUACUGAGGAGCAUCCUUUGUUUGAUACUUUGAACAAUGUUCAUUCUAAUGACUUUCACCAGCCGAACUUUGAUGGCGCAUCGAUAAAGAAAGGCGGUCCACGUGAGCCUUGGCACGAUAUUCACUGCAGGAUUGAGGGUCCUGCAGCGUGGGAUGUUUUAUACAAUUUUGAACAGAGAUGGAUGAAACAAGGUAAUGGUAGAAGGUACCUAGUAUCGAUGGAACGGCUCUCAGAGAUCACAGUUCCGCCACUACCAAUAGUACAACCAGACGAUGUCGAAGGUUGGACGGUUCAAGUUUUCCGGUCAAUAGAUAACGGUGCAGUUGAAGGGUUCCCAGAGGAUCCACUUGAAGCUUCAAGCGUAGGACUUGUCACCGGAAAAAAUAACGUCAUUGAAAGAAGCAUACAAGACGCUUACAUUAACGCCAUAAGGAGAGCCAAACACUUUAUCUACAUUGAGAACCAAUACUUCCUAGGAAGCUCCUUUGGAUGGAACCCAAGAGAUAUUAAUUUAAACGAGAUCAACGCGUUACACCUUAUUCCCAAAGAGAUUUCUCUCAAGAUUGUGAGCAAGAUCGAGGCAGGUGAGCGGUUUUCAGUGUAUAUAGUGAUUCCUUUAUGGCCUGAGGGUAAAUCGGGGUCUGCAUCGGUUCAAGCAAUACUAGACUGGCAAAGAAGAACAAUGGAGAUGAUGUAUACAGAUAUUAUCAUUGCUCUUCGGAAGAAAGGCUUAGAUGAAAACCCUAGAGAUUACUUAACGUUUUUCUGCCUCGGAAACCGGGAAGUUAACAAGGCCGGUGAGUAUUCCCCUCCGGAAAAACCAGAGGCUAAUUCUGACUACGCAAGAGCUCAAGAAUCUCGUCGGUUCAUGAUCUAUGUCCACUCUAAAAUGAUGAUUGUUGAUGAUGAGUACAUAAUAAUAGGAUCAGCCAAUAUUAACCAAAGGUCUAUGGACGGAGGUAGAGACUCAGAGAUCGCAAUGGGAGCAUACCAACCUAACCAUCUGCUAGCUACCAAUCAAAUGAGGCCGAGGGGCCAAGUUUUCAGCUUUAGGAUAUCAUUAUGGCUUGAACAUCUACGGAUUGUAACCAAUACGUUCCAGUUUCCCGAAAGCGAAGAGUGUAUAAGAAUGGUUAAUGCAAAGGCAGACGAGCUAUGGGGACUAUAUGCAGCACAAGUGUACCCUCGAGAUCACGAUCUACCGGGGCAUUUGCUUAGUUAUCCGAUCAGCAUUGGUAGCAACGGGGAAAUAACAAGUCUUGCUGGCGCUGAACUCUUUCCUGAUACUAACGCAAAGGUUUUAGGUGAAAAGUCUAACUAUCUCCCUCCAAUCCUAACUACUUAGAUGAUGUAAAACACUUGUGUCGCAUACUAUAAGAACGUGUAAUUUCGGUUUACAGUUAUGUCAAUUAUGUAUUGAUUAGUUAAGCAAUCUUCUGCACUAUAUUUUGUUGUGUCCCAUAUAUAUGAAUUUCGACACAACCGA